AUGGCUGCGAGCAACUCCGACUUCCAGGGCUGGGUGGCCCAUGACCCUUCUGCGGCUGAGGGAAACAUGAAAUGGGGUGGAUUCACCCCCAAGAGUUUCGAAGACACUGAUAUCGAAAUGGACAUCAGCCACUGCGGUGUCUGCGGUAGCGACAUCCAUACUCUCAGGUCUGGCUGGGGACCGUCCGAAUAUCCUCUUGUCGUCGGUCACGAGAUCAUUGGAAAGGUCACCCGUGUUGGAAAGGACGUCAAGGACUUGAAGGUCGGCGACCGCGUUGGUGUUGGUGCUCAGAGCGAGUGUUGCGAAGCAUGCCGUCCUUGCAAGACCAAGCAGGAGUCCAACUGCAACAAGAUGACCAUGACUUACAAUGGACGCCAUUCCAACGGAGACAAGAGCUUCGGUGGAUACGCGAAGCAGUGGCGUGGACCUGCUUCGUUCGCCAUCCCCAUUCCCGAUGGUCUGCCGUCUGAGUUCGCCGCGCCCCUCAUGUGCGGUGGUGUCACUGUAUACAACCCCCUCGUUUCCUACGGCGCCGGACCAGGAAAGCGCGUUGGUGUCGUCGGUGUUGGUGGUCUCGGUCACUUUGCCCUUCUUUUCGCGAAGGCUCUCGGAUGCGACAAGGUUGUCGCCAUCUCUCGUUCAUCCAGCAAGAAGGAUGAUGCCCUCAAGCUUGGUGCUGAUGAGUUUAUUGCUACCGGGGAAGAUCCUGACUGGAUGAAGACGAACGCCAACUCGCUUGACCUCAUCAUCUCAACCAUCUCCGGAUCUUUCCCGCUCGACCAGUACCUCAGCCUGCUCGAUGUCAACGGCACUUUCGUUCAGCUCGGCGCUCCUGAUGACCCAUUGCCCAGCUUCUCUCCUCUCGGCUUGAUCUUUAAGAACCUCAAGAUCGCUGGUAGCUUGAUCGGCACUAGGGAGCAUAUUCGCGACAUGUUGGAGCUGGCAAAGAAGACGAACUUGCAGGCGUGGGUUCAGGUCAGACCUAUGGAAGAGGCCAAUCAGGUACUGGUCGACUUUGAGAAGGGUCUCCCUAGGUACCGUUAUGUUCUUAAGAACUAG